AUGAAUGGGGGCUGCAGCAGAGCCCCUGAUGCUGGGAGCCCUGCAGGUGCAUCCUGCUUCCCACAGAAGAUGUGCUCCUGGAUGCUAAACUGUUGCUUAGCCCUUCAGCACCUGGUUGUGCAGGCCUCCUCAAUGUGCAUCUUCUACCUCCUCCUGCUGCCCACCCUGCCUGAGGAAACAACCCAUGCCCAGGCCACGAUCGAGCUGCUGGCACGCAGCCUCUUUGCCUGUGGCAUCUCCACAGUGCUGCAGACCACCCUGGGAAGCCGGCUGCCACUGGUUCAAAUCCCAUCCUUCGAGUACUUGGUUCCUGCCAUGGUCCUGAGCUCCCACCUCUCCCUCAGUGCCAGCAUGGACAGGAACGGAACAGCUGUGGCCAGCGCAUGUCCUGCUCCACACUGCCCUGUGGCAGGGAGCCAGGCUGCCUCGCUGCAAGAGGUCUCUGGAGCUGUGCUGGUCUCUGGGCUGGUUCAGCUGGUGCUGGGAGUGUCCGGUGUGUGUGGGUGGGCAGUCCAGCGCUGCGGGCCCAUGGUCCUCGCCCCCAGCCUCUCCAUCAUUGGGCUGUCUGCAUACAGGGAGGCUGCUUUCUUCUGCUCCACUAACUGGGGAGUAGCACUGCUGUUCAUGCUUCUUGCUGUCACAUUCUCUCAGCACCUGGGGUCCUGCCGUCUGCCCUUCUGUGCCUGGUCCCAGGCUCGGGGGGGCUCUAUGGAGACAUCUCUCCCCACCCUGCGCACAUUCUCGAUAUUGUUCCCAUUUGCUGUUGUCUGCAUCAUCUGUGCCAUCCUCCGCCACCUCCACGUCCCCUGGGAAUCACUGGACCUGGCCACCACACAGCUGUCCUGGGCCAACAGCACCUUCCAUGCCCCUUGGCUCCGCAUCCCCUACGCAGGCAAGCGGGGGUGGCCACUGCUCACCCCCCGGGCGCUGGCGGUGGGCAUCGCUAUGGCCAUCGGGUGCAGCAUCAACUCAGUGAGCUGCUACGUGCUGUGGGGGAGGCUGCUGGGCACGGCUGCCAGCGUCGCCAACACCUGUGCCACCGGCUUCACACAGGCUGGCUCCCGCUUUCCAGUGCAAGUAAGUGCACUGGCAUGUGUGAUGCUGGGCAUGUCCCCAAGGCUGGCAGGGCUCCUCACCUGCAUCCCACUGGUGGUUCAUGGGGGGGUGCUCUGCAUCACCUAUGCUGUAGCUGUGGGCACAGGGAUCUCCUACUUCCAGUAUGCUGACAUUGACUCAGGGAGGAACAUUUUCAUCGUUGGCUUCACCAUGUUCAUGGCACUGCUGGUGCCGCGGUGGCUCAGCAUGGCUCCGGCUCACCUGGCCACAGGCUGGGUGCCCCUGGACCUCCUCUUCCUCUCCCUGCUCACAAUGCCUGUCUUCUUAACUGGCUUCUUGUCAUUUUUCCUGGAGAACACAGUCUCAGGAACUCUGGAGGAACGAGGGCUGCUCUCUGACCUGGAACUGCGGAAAGCUGGGACAGGCAGCCACCACCCCCGUGGGGAGAGGCGUGAAGCCAGCCAUGUGUAUGGGCUCCCCACUGCCCUGAGGAGGCUGCUGCCAACCUCCUGCAAGGCUUUCCCCUGCUGCUUCCUCUGUCCAGAGAGUGAGGAGGAGGAGGAGGAAGAGGAGGAUGAAGAAGAGGAGGGCAGCUGUACUAAUGAGGAGGGGACUGCUGCCCCAGGAGAAGGGACACACCUGCUCCCCAAACCUGGCUCGGGGGAGCAGCAGUGGGCCAGAAGGCCAAGUGAGACAGAGAUGCCUGCAUGGCACCCUGUGGCCUAA